AUGGGUGCCAACAACAGCAGCAACCGCAGCCGCCCACAGACACACCCCUUCGGAGUGGACCUCACUCGCUGCCUCGACUCGGCCUGCAUGACCCUCAUCAUGCUCCUGGUGUCCUGCGCGUUCCUAUUCAUGUUCGGCGAGACCCUGAGGAUGGUGGAGCGCACGACCUACGCGCGUGAGGAGUACGUCAGGAGGUUCCUGAACCGCCUGUUCCCGUUCCGCCUUAACUUCGACUUCAACCUCACCCACGCCCUGCUGUUCUGCAUCUGCAUGCUGCUCAUCAGCUUCAGGUACGUUCAGGGCACACUUUGUCCAGAUCCGGUGUUGUUGUGA